AUGGCAUCCGGCCUCCUCCCUUGCACCGCCGCUCACAACCUCUCCCGACUCCUCCACCAUGUCCCGCGGCGCACCACCCUCCUCCGGCGACUCCUCCGGCAGCACUCCACCACCGCGACCGCUCCGUCCUCGGUCUCCGCCGACGAAAUGACGCAUUUCGCGUCCCUCGCCAGCAGCUGGUGGGACCCGCUCGGCCCGUCGCGCAUUCUACACCUGAUGAACCCGCUGCGGCACGAAUUCAUCGGCUCGUGCCUGGCUGACGAGCAGCCGCAGCCGCAGCCGGUGCGCAACGACAGGAAUCCGGGACGAAGCUACCUCGACGUCGGCUGCGGCGGCGGGAUCUUCGCCGAGUCGCUGGCGCGCACGAUCCCGCUCCUACCGGACUCCUCGCCAUCGACGCAAACAGACGCCUCAUCGCUACUCGCCAUCGACCCGUCGCCGACCAUGAUCGAGAUCGCGCAGUCGCACGCCCGCCAGGACCCCACGCUCCACGCGCACCUGCAAUCCGGCACGUUCACCUACCGCAACAGCACGCUCGAAGCGCUGCUCCUCCCCGCAUCACCCACCGCCGCCACCCCGCCGCGCCAAUUCGACAUGAUCACCGCCUUCGAAGUCCUCGAGCACGUCGACGUGUCAACAUCGUCGUCGCCGCGACACUUCGUGCAGGCCUGCAUGCGCCUGCUGCGGCCCGGCGGCUGGCUGGUCGGGUCGACGAUCGCGCGCACGUGGCCGGCGUGGGCGGUGCACCAGGUGCUGGCGGAGGCGCCGUGGCCCGUGGGCGUGGUGCCGCGCGGCACGCACGACUGGGCCAAGUUCGUCGACGUGCGCGAGCUGCGCGGCUGGGCGGAGAUAGAGGGGGUGGAAUUGGCGCGGUGGAGGUGUGUGGGCGCGGUGUAUGUUCCCGGGGUGGGGUGGAGGUUGGUGGCUGGGUUGGAGGAGUGGGGGAAUUAUUUCUGGGGAGUGCAGAAGGCGUGGUGA